GAAAAGGCGAGAACCAAUUAAAUGUCUUCUUUAAUCCACGUACCUGCAGACGAAACAUGGCGGCUGUCAAGACUUUCUUCCUCGUCUUUGCAAUAUUGUUUGCCAUUGUAGGUGUUCUGCAUGGUGCCAUUAAAAAGAAAGAGGAUACACUUGGAGAAAAAGUUAGUCAACUGACAGAAUGGAACAAUAAAAAAGCUGUCAUCCGACUGAAUGGUGAUAAAUUCAGACAAUAUGUGAAGUCACCUCCCAGAAAUUACUCAGUAGUGGUCAUGUUGACUGCCUUACAGCCUCAGAGACAGUGUUCUGUGUGCAAACAAGCCAACGAUGAGUACACCAUUCUGGCCAAUUCCUGGAGGUACUAUCAGCAGUAUUCUAACAAAUUGUUCUUUGCUAUGGUGGACUAUGAUGAGGGAUCAGAUGUUUUCUCCUCAAUGAAACUUAACACUGCUCCAGUGUUCAUGCAUUUUCCAGCCAAAGGAAAACCUAAGAAAGGAGACACCAUGGAUAUUCACAGAGUUGGAUUUGCUGCUGAGCAGAUUGCAAAAUGGGUUGCAGAGAGAACAGACAUAAAUAUUCGUGUAUUCCGCCCUCCUAAUUACUCUGGGACUCUGGCUCUGGCACUCUUGUUUGCUCUGAUCGGAGGACUUCUAUACUUAAAGAGAAACAACCUAGAAUUCCUGUACAACAAAACAGUAUGGGGAGUUCUAUCACUGUUUGUAAUUUUUGUCAUGACUUCGGGUCAGAUGUGGAACCACAUUAGAGGACCACCAGUGAUGCACAAAAACCCAUCUACAGGACAAAUUAAUUACAUUCAUGGCAGCAGCCAGGGGCAGUUUAUAGCAGAAACUUACAUAGUGUUUUUCUUAAAUGCAGCAGUGGUAGGGGGCAUAGUUCUACUCAAUGAAGCUAAUUCUGUCAAAGGAGACCCCGGCAAGAAAAGAAUUUUAUCCAUGGUAGGGCUGGGAUUAGUGGCAAUCUUUUUCAGUCUCCUCUUAUCUGUGUUCCGAUCCAAGUAUCAAGGUUACCCAUACAGUUUCUUAUUCAAGUAGAGAAGAUGAUCGGUGAUUGAGACCGUAUGUUUUGUUUUAUGGAUCCCAAAUUUCAUGUGUCGUCAUGGUGGAAAUUAGAUGUUGUAGAUUGUUUUAUUGGGAUGAAUGUUACUUGAAAUUAUGUGAAUGUACUAUAUUUGUAAAGUGAAUGUGCUGUACAAAAUUGUAAAGUUGUAAUAAAGAUACAAUUUGUUUUAUUUUGACCAAAUAGCUGCCAUAUUCAUGUGAGAGAGAGAGA